CAUUUCAAUAAGAUAGUUAUCCGAAUUAGCGGUUCCCUCAUGCCACUUCCGGAUCUUUAGCAUUGGACUCGUCAAAAUCUAUCAACGCUAUGCUGAUUUCGUUCUCAUUUGAGAUUCAGAAAACCCGGGUCUCAGAUAUAUAAGGGUCCCUUCAACUCCUCUUAUCACUCAACUUACGACCCCCCAGGGGCACUGUCUAAACACUACCAGUGCUAACAUGCGCACUUCAAGACUAUCUGUCUCUCGUGAACGCGAUGGAACCACCCUCACUCCCCAGAGAAAACACCGUAAAUUACUCAAAGAUGGCUCCAGUGAGGUCUGGCCAGAAGAGAUAGAGAGAAUAUUCGUUCAAGGUCUUCGAGAGUACUGGGAAUCACCUUGGGCAACCUACUCUCGCGGAAGAAGUCGUUGGAGAAAUCAAUUCUUGGUCGAGUACUUGCAGCGCGCUGGAAUAGACCGUUCCAAAAAGCAAGUUGCAAGCCACAUACAAGUACUUCGCAAUAUGUGGAAAGGCGAACUAGAAUACCACUUGGUCGCUGGUGGGGAGGAAUUACUCCUGGAUACCGGUCUCCCAACGUCAGUCAAAGCAGAGGAGUCACCUGACUCCCAUCUGUUGGCAUCGAUGUUCCUCGAUGACCACUCCCCAGCAUCAGACCGUCCCGGUCGCUCGGUGUCUCGUACGUCCCGCUCUAAAUUCCCUCGUGCAAGUCCCCCCAUAAUGGGUUCUAAGACCGAACCCGCAAUGCCGCCAUAUCCGAGUACCCGGAUACAAACGGCCGACGACGGAUGCCGUCGCGUAAGGUCAAUGUCCACUUCUGCUGGCGCUGACCCACGGCGACUCUCGCCGUUGACAUCUUCACUUUCCUCUGAUAUAUCGGUCCGACCAACAGUAUCGCAAUCGUGCCCACAUGUACCAUGUACUGCCACCCGUGCGGACUUCGACUUCAACCGUGGCUAUGAACGGCAAAAUCAAUCCGUGCUCAUCGCUGACCAGAUGUCACCGGACCUCCUCCUCUUGAAUUCUCCCCGGACUCAGGACUCAUCAACAUUGUUCUCUUGUGCACUCCGUCCACCAAUAUUAACGGGAUUGUCACUUUGGGCAGAGGGCAUGCAGCCUGCCACGGUGUCGGUGGAUGCUCUUCCCUCGCAAACACAGCCAGCAGACUCGAACGUUUCGGUUGUGGCGCUACACGUCAAGCUCCGUCUCCCUCCUAUUGAGGCUCCAUACUCUCCGGCCCUCCACGGCUUUCAAGGGUCAAUCACAUGCGAUGCUCCGCGUACCUCCAGUAUUAGGUGCUCCACAGCUGUUUUCGUCAGAAACCAGUGUAUCUCUCGGGAAAGCAGUUACUGUUCCGUAAUCACUGCGGAUGCCGCCGGACCUGAAGUAAUGGAUCACAUCACCUUACUCUUGCCCGAUUCCCAGCUAAGUCGUAGUCGGUGGAUAGACCCUGAUAUGCAAACAUGCAUCAUACAGAAAAUUGUGGUUGAUGAACAAGUCAUAGCAGUCAUUUACUACGAUCUCGACAGAAGGCAGUGUGAAAAUUUGCCGUCUGUGGAGCUCAUCGGGUUCCAAAAAUACACCGGACACACCGACAACACGACUCCGCUGCCAACCACCACUGGUACCUUCAUACCAAACUACACCUAUGCACCUGGGCACAGCAUACCUCGUACCAUCCAUGCCACUCCAACGUCUCUGUCUCAUGCACUCACCCCUUCUAGUACGGAUUCUUCCCGGGCUGUUCCUUUUCAUGAAUCGCCUUACAUAAUGUCUUCAUGAACUUAACGAACAUUACGAACUCGUUAUUUAUUUAUCACCGCACGCUUUUGGUUUGAACUUUUUGUUGUAUCAAACUUGCGGCGGAUGCCAUUCACAAGGACCAUGUUAAUUUGGACGAACGA